AUGGUUGUCAUCUUGGCCGCCAUCUUGGAUUUUACCAAGAAUUGGAAAUAUCAGGUUAAAACUGCGAGAAAUGGUAAUUUUUUAUGCCUUACAUGAAAAAUAACACAUAAAUAAACACUUUGCAAGAUUUUAGCCUCAAGAUUUACUUUUAUUGUUGAAAGAAGUUGAAAAAACAUGUAUUUUCACCAAAAAUUUGCUUGACCACCUCAUUUUAUGACGUCAUAUCUCGUAACCAUAGUAACUUACCAUCACUAAACUCUUCUCAAAAUCUGCGAGAGGGAUGAACGAACAGCUACUGAAAUCGUCAGUUGCUGAUGUUUUAUCCCCGGGGGGGUACUCGAUAUAUCGCUGGGUGGGGAGGUGCGGCGCGGCCCCUCAUACCCUGACCCUGUUUAAGACAAAUAUCGUUGAUUUUCCUACCCUGUUCAAGACAGCAAUAAACAUUGUUUUAAAUCAGCUUUUCUGUAGUCUUCGGACUUCUCGUUCUUGUUUCUUUAUAUUUUGGCUGAUUUGAUCUCUUUUCUAGAGAUCCAAUGUUUACAACUAGCAGGAUCUUCGUCCACGGUUUUUGCAGUUAAUUUAAUCCUUUAUUAUCGAUUUUUGAUACCCUGUUUAAGACAUUUAUCCUGUUUAAGACAAAAAUUGAUAAAUCGAUACCCUGAUUAAGACAAAAAAAGAUAAAUUCGAUACCCUGUUUAAGACAAAAAUCCCGAAAAACAUACCCUGGCUGGCCGCACGUCCCCAUUAAGCCCUUAUAAGGGAGUACCCCCCCGGGUUUUAUCCUCUAGGAAAAAACUCAAAAAAACCUUAUGGGGGGCCGGAGGGAUUCUUUUACGUCCGAGGCUUAAUCCGCCCGUCUCUGAAAAGUCACCUAGUAAAGAAUGCGAUUAUGGUUCGAUCUUCAAUUCGUUACUAAUGAUUUUAAGAUUCUCUUGGACUUUAGCCCCAUUCAGCAACUACAGGGUGGUACAGUCAGAGAGGCCCAAUUAGUACUAGUUUAUAGUCGGUGUUUUGUAGCUUUAAUCGGUCCGAAUUUAAAUAAGCCGGCCAAAAAUUCAUGUUACUUAUAGAUGCAUAACCGUCAAUAAGUGGUGCGAUAAUAAGAUAUAUCCACCACAAUUUCCUCUUAAAAACAAGUUGAAAGUUAUCAAAAUCUGUCCAAGUUUUAGUGAAGAUAACUUAAGACUUUUUAUGUUGUUAUCGUUGGAUAGUUCUGUCCAAAAUGCAGUUUAUAAUCAACUUCAACAAUGCAUGCAAAAAUUAGGGGUAAGAAUUGCCUUUAAAGAAUUAGGCACAAGAAAUUCUUACCAUGAUUGUUCCUGAUUUGUGUUGUUAUUGCAGAUUCUAGCCUUUCACCUCUUGCUGCUCAAUGCAGAUUUUCUGAUCUGUUAGCAGCUAGGUUACAGACGUUGGCUUUUAUACAUUUCACUGAAGUUGGCAACGUGUGGGCCCAAGUACGUAAUUAUGACAACCUUUUGCAAUUUCGGCGCCAUAUUUAGGCUUUUCCGGAAGCCAAUUCAUGAAGCAUUUUUUUGUGUUUCCUUAAAUUAUGCCAUAGCUAUGUAGAAUUAAUGCCGGCGCUCUUCCAUCUGUAAACCAAAACAAAUACUCAAAGUCAGACCACUUCCCGAAAACUCCUUUCGGAAGAAUAAUUCCAUCAGUUUCUCUUCAAAAACAAAAUUUUUUUCUAAUUUCUGUGCCAUCCUUUCGUUUUAUUUCCUCCUAUAAAAGGAAGUAUUAAAGAAAACCUGGACCGCGGAAAAUAUUUUGAUAUCUUUGCCUACGUAGAACACUUGAUUCAACAACCCACGAGUAGUUAAUCAUUGGGUGAAAUAUUUCAGCAACAAAUAAACAUAUUGAUACUCUAUUGAGGUUUCGUUGUUGUCUCAUGUCACUAUUUUUUGCACUUUUUCUUGCUAAGCGUACUAAAGAUUUCAUAAAUCUCGAUUUCGCAAGAUGCUGCAUUUCGCAAAAAGAAAUAGAAAGGAGGAAUGGGCCAGAAACAUCAGACCUUUCGCAUCGCACAUGUUUUUUGGCAAAAGAAUUUCACAUAUUCUUUUCAAUUAAUAUGUGACAUGUGUUUGACCUUCUCUGUCAUCGAUAUAAUCACUUCUUACGUGAAACGCCGUUAGCAACGCAUCCUUUAAGCUACAUCAUAAUCCAGUUGCAACAAAAUAUUUUGAUUCAUGCGGUCCGUAACCAGGUGCAUUUUUUUAAGAGAUCCUUUGAGUACAGGCUCUACGGAAACGAUAUAUUAAGAUUUGUGGAAAAGGGGGUAAUAGAUUCCUCGGCAAGAAUUUCAUAAUAAUUAUUUUUGAAUCCAAAAUCAAAGUGGCUGACCUGCAAUGCAUGCAAAGAAGUGAUCUGUUGGCCUUAUGUCUAUAGGAAAAAAAUGAUCCCUAAAGGGGAAAAGACGACAGCAUUUGAGAUGGAACGUUUACCCCAGGCGCCAUGGCUACCUUUAAAUAACAAAAACUUCGUACAGACCACGUUUUAAGUAGACAUAACAGUGCUAAUUUUUUUGGUGAGAAAGAAGUGCAAUGGAGUUUCCCAUAGCCUGUGAAAACAUCCGUUUGUCCUAGCUCUUCUUAGUCGUUCUCGUCCUAGAAUCUAAUAUAGGUCUCUAAAAAUACCCUUUCUGAUCCAUAAACACAGGCUGCAAGAUCAGAUGAUCACAACAUCACCACGUGUUUCGCUUGAUAAUUUCUAUAGUUGGCGAUGAUUCACUCCUUCUCAAUAAAUGAAUUGAAAUCAGUAGUUGUAUUGUCAAACAAAACAGAGGAAAGCCUGAACCUUUAGAGAAGAUACACAGUUAAAAGAAAAUCCGCCGACAUAAUCGUUAAGGUCUGACAAAAGUUCUCCGCCAUUGCCAAACGUUACAAGAACAUGCACGGGACGAUCUCUAAGGAUCUGCUGAAACGUUUCGAAGUGCUUAAGAAAUGCAGGAACAAAUUUGACUGUUUAGGUACGAAAUGCUUUUCAUAAGAACCUUAAAGCCAAAUUUGAACGUGCAAUCAGACUCUUUCGUGCGAAAGUAUUUUCAUAAUCUUCGCACCCCGUUAUGUUAAUUUUCGCGCCACAUCGCUUUUAGUGCUGUAAUUUGCAUGAUCAAAAAAACUUUUCCUUGAUAAUGGAGUCAUGACUACUCCGAAACGUCGGUUUUUAUCGUUCGUUUUUACCUGUUUAUGUCCUAAAAUAUUGAAUUCCUAUUAUUCUUUUACUAUUGAAAUGAGAGUGGCCGAGUGUUAAACACGUCUGUACUUUAGAGGAGUUCUUGUACAACCAAUAGUUAGCUUUGCUCGCUUGCCGUAUAUCUCGAUUCUAUUUCCCAUCUUAGGGUUCCUUCUGUGAGUACCGGAGCACAGAUUACGUAAUACAAUAGUAAUAAAAGACAGGAAACAAAACAACUCCAAAUAAAGACUAAUCCCAAGUGACCAAAAAUACAAAGCUUUCCUGUACCUGCAGAAAGACCCCAUCUUAGGCGAUCAAACAGACAACCUCGUAAAACGCACAUUAGUUCCUAUCUACUAAAUUUUGACCAACCAGCUUUCAAUCCUAACAAAAGAAAACGGAAAACAAAACAGAACAGAACCAAAACACAAAAACCAAAAAGCUGAAUAAAGUGAACAUUUAUUAUGCUUGACGUUUAAAUUCAUUUCAUAGUUUAAUAAGACCUUACUGCUUUUGGCGCUGUUUCUUAUCGUUUGUACUCAUUUUUGCUCAGAUUGACCAGAUCUUCUGCUCACAUACACUGUUUACAGGUAGCCAUUACGACAGCUGAAGGAUCAUAAGGUUAUCUCUAUAUCAAGAUAAUAACCCAUCCAGCCCAAGAAAGGUUGGCCGUACCACCGGGGUCUACGUUCCCUACUCUUUUUGAACAGAGGUGUGGGUUCUUUUACAUCCCACAAACCAGAUAAGUGAAAGCGCUGUGAGACGGGACCUACGGGUUUUCUUUUUCGUGCUUAUCAGAGAAGACUAGAAAGUCUGACCGUUUGCAGAUGUGAUUACAAAAGGAGAACCUGGGUGUUGGUCCGGCCGGGGUUUGAAUCCGCGACCUCUCGCUCAGCGCAGACCGCUCAGCAUACCGGCGCUCUCCCAAAUGAGCUAACGAUUGCUCUUCCUUAGAAACUCAUUGUCACCAACCGAACAUAAAUCAACAAAUCAAUAAAUAAUAAUAUUAUUAUCAUUAAUAAUAAUAAGUCAGUAAGCAUCAAAAAAAUAUCUUACGUAAUCAAAUGGAAGUAUCGCAAGAGAUGAUAAAAAUGCAAAUAGAAAACAAAUACAGUUAGUUUCUAAAAAUGAUAAUAAUUGAGCUCGAGCUAUCGUCAACAUCGAGACGUCCCAGUCAUUCAGGCAGUAGACGGUUUAUAAAGAGAAGAUUCGUCAUAAUUCCCGUAUCAAUAAAAUCUUUUGAUUAAAAACUUUGAAGUAUGGCUUGAAAUAUAGUGCCUUUUGUUUCAUAGUCUUGAUCUUUAGUGAAGCACGUCAUCUGAUGUGAAGUUAGAUUUUAAUUGCCACCAGCUGACGAAAUACUGAAACAAAUUAUAUAGUCCUGGCUUUCCAUAUGUUUUUUCCGAACUAAUAGUUUAGGCUAUUAAAAUAUGACCUUGGCAAACCAGAUUGUGUUUAUUUCUGCUUCCCUAUCUUCUUACAUUCUUAGUCUGAGAAAUUUUACGCCGUGACGCCGUAACGCCUUUUCUGAGACAAGGGAGGAGCUGCGGGUCGAAAAAGUUCAACAGCAUUGUUCAAAACAAAAAUAUCUAGACAUAUUUUGCUGAUAUUUCACUCAUUUUAUUUCUUGAAAGUAAAUGAAUAAUUCAAACUUUUUUUUUUACUAUUGUUUCCUGGAAGGAAGGGUGAUCUUCUCAACAGCCAGUCAAGUAAACUAAUCACCUCUUAUUCUUCAGUUGAAAUUUCUAGCACAACAUUUUCAGCUGUUGAACAAAGCAAUGUUAUAUUUUGAAACCAUGGCAACUGCUAUAGCUAAACCGCCACAAAACCGCACUUCAUGAUGGUUGACUGUCAGUGUCCCAAUGCCUCAGCGUCAAAAAGACAUUUAUAAAAACGUCCAUUUCCAAUUAAGCCAUUGAGCAGGAAACUUGAUAUAAUCAAACUCCUCUUUAUUUUGCAGUAACGUUUGAAAGGAACAUGUCGGUAAGUCUUUUCUACCCUUCAUACUAUAGCAUUGUUCUCUCUAACCGUCUAUAACUACAUCUCUAAAUUGGUACUUAAUUUCACGCGUAUGCUUUUGGCAAGACAGUAUUUCGCGGCGUUUUACUUUAAUUUGUGAUUUCAUUCGGGCAAAUGUGAUAAAUAGAGCAUUAAAUUUCGCGAUUCAGGCAUUAUAAAAAAAAGUCGGGACUCUGUUGGAACCUUUUUUAAAAGGAGAUUCUCAACUCCAGAAAACAAAACAAUGGAACUUAUCAGUAAAAACCAUUUAAUAGUUUAAAAUUUGUAUUCAUCGAUACAUAUCCUCUAUGUUGUUGUUGUCAAAUUUCGAGGUUUUGUAUAUUUAUAUUUUGCGAGGAUUAGUAUUUUAAUCGCGAAAUUAUUCAUCGGCAAAAUUAAGUAGCAAUGAGGUCUACCAUGUUAUUAUACAGUAAGUAUCGAUUGCACCAAAAAUAUUGCUGCACGCAGAACGUUUAGCACCUAUGAGUUAGGCAAGUCCUGAACUCUAGAUCCAAAAAUAAGUAAGAGGAAAAGAAAUGAAACCAUCAACCCUAAAAUAAAUUUCGUUGAAAUGUUUAAUAGAGCCGAAGAGAUGAUAAAUAACUUUUAGUCUUGAUAUCUCCAGAGCAAAGCAAAAGGAACUCGGACUUCGUUCAAACAUAUGUUGAACUAGUGAGCAAGUUAAGUUUGACUUUGAAUAAGCACUUUUAGGCUUUUUUCAGUGUUCAAAACGUACUACCCUCUUAUUUUCAGAUAAGGCACUUGGUUUAACGGUGCACCGGAAGUGUUUUUAUAACUUUUAUCCUAUCCUGUUCUCAGUCUCCUAUGUCGUAUCCUGUGCCGCAGAAGAAACUAAUCUCAGGUUAAGUCCGUCUGCGAAACAG